AUGUUGUCCAGAAAGAUUACCAGCGAUUCUCAUGGCCAAGAUUCUUCAUACUUCUUAGGGUGGGAGGCAUACGAGAAGAAUUCUUACCAUGAAGUUGAAAAUCCAAGCGGAAUCAUUCAGAUGGGACUCGCGGAGAAUCAGCUCUCCUUUGACCUUCUCGAGUCAUGGCUUGCUGAAAACCCGGAAGCCAUUGGGUUGAAGAGAACUAGCGGAGAAUCUCUUUUCAAAGACCUCGCUCUCUUCCAAGACUAUCACGGCUUGUCUGCUUUCAAAAAUGAACUUGUAGAAUUCAUGUCAAAAAUAAGGGGAAACAAAGUGAAGUUCGAUGCAAAUAAGCUUGUCCUUACUGCUGGUGCAACUUCGGCCAAUGAAACUCUCAUGUUUUGCCUUGCUGACCCAGGCGAUGCUUUCCUGCUUCCCAUUCCAUACUACCCAGGGUUUGAUAGAGAUCUUAAGUGGCGAACCGGCGUCGAAAUUGUUCCGAUAAAGUGCUCUAGCUCAAACGGCUUCAGAAUCACUUCGUGUGCACUAGAGGAAGCCUAUUUACAAGCGCAAGAUCAAGGCCUGAAAGUCAAAGGAGUGUUGGUUACAAACCCUUCAAACCCUCUAGGCACAACCUUGACUCCUGACGAGAUCGACCUCCUAAUCGAUUUCGCCAUCGAAAAAGAAGCGCACAUAGUGAGUGACGAGAUCUACUCAGGCACCGUUUUCGACUCCCCGAGCUUCGUCAGCAUCGCCGAGGCCAUAAAGGACAGAAACCUAGAAAGCUCCGAUGUGUUCUCCCGUGUCCACAUAGUGUACAGCCUCUCGAAGGAUCUCGGAGUGCCGGGUUUCCGCGUCGGCAUGAUUUACUCCAACGACGAACAGGUCGUGUCGGCGGCGACGAAGAUGUCGAGCUUCGGAUUAGUCUCGUCGCAAACUCAGUACAUGUUUUCUCAAUUGUUCGCCGACAAGAAGUUCACGGCCAAGUACAUGAAGGAGAACCUGAAGAGGCUGAGGAAGAGAAAGGAAAUUAUCGUUUCGGGCCUCAAAAGCGCCGGAAUCAAGUGUUUGAAGAGCAAUGCUUGCUUAUUUGUUUGGGUCGACAUGAGGAAUCUUUUGAGCUCCAACAGUUUUGACGCCGAGAUGGAGCUUUGGAAGAGAAUUGUUUACGAGGUCGGUUUGAAUGUUUCUCCUGGGUCUUCUUGUCACUGCUCUGAACCGGGAUGGUUCAGAAUGUGCUUCGCCAAUAUGUCGGAAGAAACUCUCCACGUGGCGUUGCAACGUCUCAAGGCAUUUGCGGAAACCUUAAUCAAGUCGAAACAGCAGCAGCAAUUUGGUCUGAGUUUUUCGAGAACGAGGUCGCUCACCAGAUGGGUCUUCCAAUUAGCAUCGGAUCAUGACCAUCGUGAAACUGACCGUUAA